CCUCCGCCUCCGCCGCCCGCCGCUCGGGCUGCGGCUCCUCCUGGGGGCCGGUUCCCGCUGUCUCAGCCGCGGCGCCUAGGGACAUCGGCGUGACUGACCGACCGGCUGCCGCGCCGGGAGCCGCCGCAUCCAGCCCGGCCCGCCUGGCCGGGGACCCAGGACUCAGUCCGUCCCCCGCGCCCCUCGCCCUUCGCCCCGGCGAGCUCCCGGCCGGCGAGCUGCGCUCCGGCCCUUCCCGGGCGGCGUCGCAGCCAUAGCCCGCGCCCGGAGACAGGUGGUUGCUUUCUCUCUGGAGAAUCUGAACGGAGAGAUGGUCCUUUAACAGGAAAACUGUACCACCUUAUCCAGUUUGCAAAUAAAGACUUUAUGACCAUCAUUCAAAACUCAACUUUUAAAACUUCAGAAGGAAGGAAUUGAGCAAAAUUUACCCUGCUGAAAACAGUGAAGUCACUUUUCACAGUUAAAAGACUAUUAAGAAGACAAGAUGGGGACUCCUGGUUCUGGAAGGAAAAGGACACCUGUGAAAGACCGAUUUUCUGCAGAAGAUGAAGCUUUGAGUAGCAUUGCCAGAGAGGCAGAGGCAAGACUGGCAGCAAAACGGGCUGCCCGAGCAGAAGCAAGAGAUAUCCGCAUGCGAGAACUGGAACGGCAACAAAAAGAGAAUCAUUCUGACAGUCACUCUGAUGGAAUGAAGAAGAGAUCUUCUGGUUCUCAUAAAGACCCACUGUUGGAUGAAAAAUCUGACAAACAGUAUGCUGAAAAUUACACAAGGCCUUCAUCUCGAAAUUCUGCCUCAGCAACAACCCCUCUAAGUGGAAACUCAUCCAGACGAGGAAGCGGGGACACGAGCAGCUUAAUAGAUCCAGACACCUCAUUAAGUGAAUUGCGGGAUAUCUAUGACCUUAAGGACCAGAUACAGGAUGUAGAAGGGAGAUACAUGCAGGGGCUUAAGGAACUAAAGGAGUCUUUGUCUGAAGUGGAAGAAAAAUACAAGAAAGCCAUGGUUUCCAAUGCACAGUUAGACAAUGAGAAGAACAAUUUGAUAUACCAAGUAGAUACCCUCAAGGAUGUUAUUGAAGAGCAGGAGGAACAGAUGGCAGAAUUUUAUAGAGAAAAUGAAGAAAAAUCAAAGGAGUUAGAAAGGCAGAAACAUAUGUGUAGUGUGCUACAGCAUAAGAUGGAUGAACUUAAAGAAGGCCUCCGACAAAGAGAUGAGCUUAUUGAGGAGAAUCAGCGUAUGCAGCAGAGAGUAGACACCAUGACAAAAGAGGUGUUUGAACUCCAGGAGACACUGCUUUGGAAAGAUAAAAACAUUAGGGCCCUAGAGAAACAGAAAGAAUACAUUGGCUGCCUUAGGAGUGAGCGGGACUCGCUCAGAGAGGAGCUGGCCGAGCUGAAGGCAGCAGUGGAGACGGGAGAGAAACAUGGCUUAGUCAUCAUCCCCGAUGGCACUCCCAACGGCGACGUCCACCAGGAGCCAGUGGUCGGAGCCAUCACUGUUGUGUCUCAGGAAGCCGCUCAGGUCUUGGAGUCGGCAGGAGAAGGGCCACUGGAUGUAAGGCUACGAAAACUUGCUGGAGAAAAGGAAGAGCUACUAUCACAGAUUAGAAAACUGAAGCUGCAGUUGGAGGAGGAACAGCAGAAGUGCUCCAGGAACGAUGGCACAGCAGGUGACCUGGCGGGACUGCAGAAUGGCUCGGACCUGCAGCUCAUCGAAAUGCAGAGAGAUGCCAACAGACAAAUUAGUGAGUACAAGUUUAAGCUUUCAAAAGCAGAACAGGAUAUAACCACCUUGGAGCAAAGUAUCAGCCGCCUGGAGGGGCAGGUGCUGAGAUAUAAAACCGCUGCUGAGAAUGCGGAGAAAGUCGAGGAUGAACUGAAAGCAGAAAAGAGGAAGCUACAACGGGAGUUACGAACAGCACUGGACAAGAUCGAGGAGAUGGAGAUGACCAACAGCCAUCUGGCGAAGCGGCUGGAGAAGAUGAAGGCCAACAGGACAGCACUGCUGGCCCAGCAAUAGGGAGGCCGCCCUGCUGCCCGGGCCCCGCCUGGAAGGACUGAUCUUUCGUCCACUCAAACCCCUUUCAGGACUGUUUGAGCUUUGUCAUUAAAAUAGCCACCUUUGUAUUUUAUAAUUUAUGAGAGAAUGAAACAGGUUUGAAUCUUCAUGAAUGAACACUUUGGAUUUUGUUGGUAGUUUGAUUCUAGACUAAGAAUUGGUCCAUGCCGUUAUUAUUUUUUAUUUCCAUAAUUUUAGAAUCAAGUUUACUCACCAUUUUUCCCCAGCUGCCUCAGUGACUGGGCACUCGGAGGCUUUGGCACGGGUUCUGGAGGACAGCGAUUCAGCGCUCACCGAGGUACUUCCUGGAGACCUCAGAAAACACAAGUGCCUUCUCCACAGUGCAAUUCAGACUUCAGUGAUCUCCAGUGGUCAAAAGACAUUUACCCUUAAUAUCAGGUAGCAUUUAUAUUUUAGUGAAGAAACAAGUUCACAGGUGGGGAAUAUAUGUUUCACUCAAAUUUAUAUGUUUGGAGGAAAAAGCCUUUUUUUGUAAGAUAUUUAAAUUUAUAUAAGAAAAUGUUAGAAAAAGAUAUGGGGAGUGUAUAUAAAACUUGCUUUAUUGCAUGGGGCAGGGGAAGUCCAAGGCCUGUACUCUUAAAGUAAGAGUAGGGUCCUUAGUCUUCACAUCAACUGUGCUGUAUCUUGAAAAGUAUUUCAUCUGCUGCUCAUCUGUGGAAUGAAACCUCAGACCAGCCCGAUGAGGGAGGGAGGGAGGGCAGGCCAGGCCAGGCAGGUGGGAAGUCAGCCUGAAGAUUCUAUUAAAUAUACCCUUUUGCUGACUACAGUUGGCUACUGACACAUUCAUUUUCUUAGAGGAGCCUUUAAAACUAGUCAUUGGCAAUCAUGCCUGCCUAGCUCACCCCUCUUUUCUCUCCUUAAGGAAAAAUAAUCUGGAAUAUAGAAUUUCUUUUAAGAACUUCAGUUUCAUCUUUAAAGGCACCCAGUUUGAGGAUUUUAUCAUCGAGUCGUAGCCAUGUUACAGUAUUUGUGAUUCUCUUUUGCGCUCAGAAUUGAGGUGGUUUUAUGGAAAUGAUUAUUGUAUCUUCAAUGUGUUUACACGGAAAAAAUAUGGGGGAAAGUCUAAUGAAUUAAGGCCACAUAAGAUAAAAUUAGACUUGAAACUAGGUAAUAAAGUUAACUUAAAUAUGAAUAAAAUCUCUAAUAAUUAUUCCCUUCUUUAGAAUAAUUAAUUAGCUCUUUGUGUUUAAAACAUGGAAACCAGGGGCUUCCCUGGUGGUGCAGUGCUUAAGAAUCCACCUGCCAAUGCAGGGGACACAGGUUCGAGCCCUGGUCCAGGAAGAUCCCACAUACCGCAGGGCACCUAAGCCCAUGCGCCAGAACUACUGAAGCCCACGCACCUAGAGUCCAUGCUCCGCAACAAGAGAAGCCACCGCAAGGAGAAGCCCACGCACCGCAACGAAGAGGAGCCCCAGCUCGCUGCAACUAGCAAAAGCCCACAAGCAGCAACGAAGACCCAACACAGCCAAAAAUAAAUAAAUUUUAAAAAAUAAAGUAAUUCAGGAAAUUGGUUUCCAUAUUUUGAGAUGAUUUCCUGUAAGUUUUCUUUCAGUUGAUGUGUGGGAGUGGGCAGUGACGAGGCAUGUUCUGAAAUGCAGAUUUAUCCUAGAAUCCCAUACAUACCUGGAAUUGAAACAUCGUGUAG